AUGCUGACCCCUGUUCGUUCAUCAAAUGACACGAAAGCCCUACGCAACUUGUACGACCACGUUCUCGUCAAUGUCCGUGGACUCGAGACUCUGGGUGUGCACAAGUCAUCCUUCUCAUCUAUGCUCGGCGACAUUCCACUGCGUGCUCUUCCACGGGACAUAGUCGUUCAGUAUCAUCGGUCGUGUGCCGUCCAGGUGGCAUGUGACUCGAGAAGUGAUGCUACACCCGUGGGACUGGAUGGUCUGCUCAACUUCCUGGGCAUUGAGCUGGAAAGCUUAGAGAAGAGCGAUUUCAAUGACGCUGGAAGGCGAGAAUUCGGAACAACGCCCGCGGCUAGUCAGUUGACGUAUUCUCGCCGUGGGAAACCUACGUCAUCUGUGCUUCACAGCAACGCGGCAAGGGAACCAAAAAAGGACAACUGCGUCUUCUGCUCGUCCAGUCAACACAAAUCUGAACUGUGCACAGCUGAGUUACCACUGACGCAGAAAAAAGAACUACUGUCCAAUGACAAGAGGUGUUUCCGCUGCACCACCAAAGGACAUCGGGCACGGGACUGCAAAAGGAAGAUCUCCUGUUCGAGAUGCCAAGCGCGACACGCUACAAGUAUGUGUGAUCCCGACAGGUGUUCGCGGCAGACAGACUACGUCAACAAGAACGACGGAAAAACUACGACAGUCUGCGCAUCACUUGGAAAACGACCACCAAAUGAAGGUUCCAUCGCUUGCGUCUUUCUCCAGACUUUCCGAGCAUGGGCCAUAAAUGAUGACACUUGUCGCUACAUACGAGGAGUUUUUGAUGGCGGCAGUCAGAGGACCUUCAUAACUGAAGCCUUGUCCAAGCACCUUCAGCUGAAAAGUGUGGGAACUACUCGGAUAGCACUCAACACUUUCGCGAGUGCAUCAGACCAAGAGGCUAAGAGGCGUCGGAUCAUCGAACUGCGACUGCGGAGUCAGUUUUGCGACCAGGAGAUAGUCCUAGCAGCAAUAGAGAUCCCACACAUCUGCCAGGACAUCGAAGAGACAACAAUGGACGCAGCCUUCGUCGCUUCUUUCAAGAAGCUUGGAAAGGAUGUCGCCGAUGAGCUGAUACACCCAUCUGUCAUAACGAACAAUGGUAUCAGCGUACUGAUCGGUUCCGAUCAGAUGUGUAAAAUAUUGACCGGCGAAGUUUCAAGAUGCGAAGGCAACGAAUCCUUGAUUGCACUGAACUCCAAGUUUGGAUGGACCUUCCAGGGGAGCACAUCGCACUUGAUGUCUCAAACAACACCUACACGAAUGAUGGUGUGCGUGCUCAAAGUUCAAGCUACCGAUUCCGACGCGUUUCUGCGUUCCUUUUGGGAACGUGAGAGCAUAGGAAUUACAGACACGAUAGGCAAGCUUCCUGAAACGAGCAAGACCAUGAUAAAAUUUGAGAAAACCAUCAGCUUUCGCAACGGACGAUAUGAAGUGGCCCUCCCUUGGAAGGAUGGAUUCGAGCUUGCAAGCAACAGGCAAGUCGCCAUUACUCGACUAGAAAAGCUUGUCAACCGUCUCAGCGCCAAGAAGGGACUGUUCGAAACGUAUGACCGUACCAUAAGAGAGUACUUGCGGGCAGGACACGCUGAAGUCGUCAGUGAUGCACCUUCUGACGUGACAAAGUUAUAUGCCGCACAAGGAAGUCAUACGUGA